AGGCGAGCUCCGCGGACGUGCGGGUGAGAUUGGAGGAAGCCGAGCAGGUUGCCCAGCUGGCCUCCGUCCAGAUGAGCCAGCUCGAGCUGGGCAAGCUCGGCGCCACCCCCCCCGAGAUGAGCCGCAUCGCCGAGAGGCGGCGCUCGACCUCCGCCGGCCCGGGCCAGGUGAGCCGGGCGGACAUGGCGGCCGCUCUCCAGGAUCUCGAGAGUUCCCUCCUCCGCUGCCUCGCGGACCGGGACGGCCGCACCGAGCGCCUGCUCGCGGAGCUCGCCGAGCGAGUCGACGCCGGCCUGGCGGCGGACGAGCCGAGGGCCGAAGCGCAGGACCUCGACGACAUCAACUUGCGGUUCGUCAUGGCCCACGACGAGGUCAUGGGGGUCAAGGCCGACCUCGGGAAUCUCCAGAGGGCCCUGCGGGAUAGCCUGCUCCUCAAGGCGGACGAGAAGGAUUUGGCGGAGCUCCGGAGGUCGAGCGACGUGCUGCAGGUGGAGGCGCAGCAGGUCCGGUCCGUGCUCCAGGAAGCGAAUAGAAGCAUGAGCAAGUACGACGACUGCCUGAGGGAGCUGGACGGCUGCAAGGCCCAGGCCCAGGAGCUGCUCAGGCUCUUCCAGUCCGAGUGCCAGGAGAUACGGGACUGGACCACGGGCUCGCUCACCGAUCUCCGCAGCUCGACCAUGGAGAAGAUCCACCAGGUCCAGGAGGCGGGCCUCGUCGACGACCUCCGGCGCGAGCUGCGGGACAGCGUGGCGCGCCAGCUGGAGGCGUCCGAGCGGUGCCAGGCGGACGUCCGGCAUAAGGC